ACAGCAGAAGUAAGUAAGUGUGUGUGUGUGAGAGAGAGAGUCAGUCAGAGAUGACUUCCACUCCACCCACAUCCAUCCGUGUCCAAAGUGAGGGGGAGGUGAAGCAGUUACUGCGCUAUUAACUGGCAUCAUUUAGUUCAGUUUAGUGUGGAGGAAAGACUAGUCAAGACUCCUGAUCAGAAUUCCACCCAGCUGGAUCAACAAUGAGUUCCCAUGUCAAACUUCGGAAGGAGCGGGUCAGUGUGGUGGACUACGACAUUCAAAUCAAAGAGGUUCGCUGUCAGCUUGUAGACCAACUGAAAGUAUUGGACUUGCAACUUGAGCAAAAGAACCAACAGCUGCAAGACCUGACAGACUACCUGCGUCGACGGGGUGAGAUUGAAAGCGAGUAUGCUCGUUCCCUGGAAAAACUAGCAGAAAGGUUCACAUCAAGGAUAAAGAGGAAGGAGCCCAGUAGUAACUCUGUGUCCCAAGUAUGGCUUACUCUGCUGUCCCAGACCCGCCAAGAAAGUAGGGACCAUAAUGGACUGAGUGAAAGCUGCAACAACUUUCUCACCCAACCUCUCACACAUUGUGUGGAGUACACACAGCGCCUUGCAAAGAAGAGUAAAGACAUCUGCAUUCAGCUACAAGAUGGGCUACUCAAGGUUACCACAGAGCUACAGGCGGCAUGGCGAACAUACUACCAGUACCACUCAGACUAUGUCUGUGCAGAGGGGAAGCUGAGGGAAGCAGAGAAGCAAGAGGAAAAGCAGAAGCAGAGCGCAAAUAAAAAACUGGAGAGGCUGAUAGAAAAGAGACAAAUUAAAGUCCAAGAAAUAAAGCUGAAGUGCAGCAAGGCCCGAAAUGAGUACCUCCUAAACCUGGCUGCAGCCAAUUCCUCCAUGAAUAAGUACUACCUGCAAGACAUCUCUACUCUCAUAGAUUGUGCAGAUACAGGUUACCACACCACUUUGGGCAGGGUGAUGCAGGCCUACUUGUCAAGACGGUGGAAGGCCCAGGAUAACCUGAGCACAGGCCUGCAGCAAAUAGAGGAGACCGUGUCUAGACUGGACCAGAGCCGGGAUAGAGACAUCCUCCUGCAGGACAACUACAACACCUUCUCUAUGCCCCUACGCUUCCCCUAUCAGCCCCACGAUGGGGACCAGGUUACUCAGGUCAGUGCGGAGUGUGAGAUGAUAUGCGAACUGGAGACCAGAUUCAAACAGAUACAAACUCGACUGCAAGCCGUCACCCAGGAAACUGAGGAGGUUAAUAAGAGCAUGUCAGCAGCCCAGGCUUCUCUGCUGGAGGGCAUCGGCGAUGAUCUGGAGCCUUCAUCUCAGGAGGGCAGCACUGAAAAUCUGACUGUAAAGCCCAGCGCCACUCGACGACGGGCCAACCUGCAGGAAAUAGAAUACCUCUACUUUACUAAAGUAAAGGAGUACCUCGUUGGCAGCUCUCUUGUAUCUAAACUGCAAGUUAAACAUGAUCUGCUUAAAGAAGCUGUAGAAAAAGCUGAAGUAUCAAAUGACCAUCAGCCUCGACACACUGGAAAGUCUAUGCGUGUCAGAAAGAAUCACUCGAGUGCCAAUUUGAUGCACAACCAAAAACUUUUCAAUGGAGACAUGCUGUCCUUCAUAACGGCAUCAGGACAACAGAUUCCAAUUGUUGUGGAAAGCUGCAUUCGCUAUAUCAACCUCCAUGGACUCCACCAUGAAGGGAUAUUUAGAGUGCCGGGGUCUCAGUUGGAGGUCAAUAACCUCAGGGACGCUUUUGAGCGAGGAGAGGACCCUUUGGCUGAGGGGAGUUAUGACCUUGACUCGGUGGCUGGAGUGCUGAAGCUUUACUUCAGGGGUUUAGAUAAUCCACUCUUCCCCCUUGACAGCACCAAUCUGCUCCUGGAGCAUGCCCAAAUAAAGAAUGAGGCAGAGCGAGCAGCUGAGCUGAAAGCUGUGAUUUCUUCCUUCCCCGAGCCUGCUAUCAUCGUCAUGAGAUACCUCUUUGCAUUCCUUUAUCAUGUGUCGGAGUAUAGUGACGAGAACAUGAUGCAACCUUACAAUCUGGCCGUGUGUUUUGGCCCGAGCCUGAUAAGAGGGGCUCAUGAUGACGACGUCGUGACCCUGCAGCCUCAGAUCAAUGCCCUGGUGAAGGACAUCAUCAUUGAGCAAGAAAGCAUCUUCCCCACUCAGAGCGAAGUGCCGGGACCAGUUUAUGAGAAAUGCAUGACACUAGAACUGGAUGACGGAGAGACCAAUGUUGAUGGAGAUAUAGAAACUGAGUACACCCCUAGCAAAGAUGAUUUAGAAAUGGGCUUUUUGGCUGACAACAGCACAAGUAUGUCCAUGUCUGGAGUAGCAACACCCAGAAGGGGACAACGCCCCAGAGCUAAUAGCAGCGGGGCACUAGAACACAAAUUAACAGCUGCACCAGGAGGAGGCAGCUUCGGUUCAGGUGGAAAGUGCACACUUCAGAUUCCUGUUGGGCCGCAAUGUAAGCCAAGGAGGAUGCCCUCUCCUUGUUAUGGGCAAGACUACCAGCGACGGUCAUCUGAGGAUAUAGCCUCUCGAGUAGAUAAGGAAGUCUGUCGCCAGAUGGACUCAGUCUUUAAGGAGCUUUUGAUUCGACAAACCCAUCAGGAUCCCACCCCCACUGUGUCCUCCCCCUCAGUCCAGACUCCCCAGAAGAAAGGAAAGCAGGAUGGGCGCAGGGGGAGAGGAACAGGGCUCUUCAAAUCAGCAGAUGCAGCGGACUGAGAUGAUCAGCAAUGGCACAAGAAGACACACGUGGCGAGGGAGAGAUGAUACUAAUGGAAGUUGAGGUGUAGCGUGAAGGCCUUUGACAGUAGCUUUCAGCACAUCUAUUUCUAGAAACCUGAGAUCCUUGACUGAGAGUCCUUUCUCUGAGGUCUCCUUGACUCAGUCCUGUCUUACAUGUGAUGUACAGCAGAUUUCCACAGGCCUGCGGUACUAUGUCAAAACUGUGAACUACUUGAAAUGCACCAAUGUGUUUGUAGGCAUUUUUGAUAUUUGCACUUCCUUUCUUAUUAUAUUAAACAGCUGCCCUGCCAGUCAAUAAUUUUUAGUCAAUACAGGCAUAAGUGCACACUCUUAAUCAAAUUUCUGUCAAAAUGAGAUGCUGGCACAAAGUCAAGAAAACUGUGAAUGUUAUAGUUGUAAACGUCAAUUCCUACUUAUCUCUUUAUGAUUUAUCUGUAUAUUUGAACUACAUGCUGAAUAAAUAAUUUGUCUAGGCUUA